ACACACCACCCCCCGCAUCAUCAUCUAGACCACUCAGUGUUUUUUCUAACCCCCUUGGUGCCUUGAAUGGGCAAAAUUACUACUGUCAUAGUGUCAUCAAAUUGUAGAAAUUAUUUAUCAAAAAAACACAUAAUAAAUUAAUUAAAUUUAUAUUAAAAAUUUAAUUUUAAUUGGAAAUUCGUGUAGACUGACCAUAGUCCACGAAUUUCCAUUGAUAUAUUUUAAAUAAAUAAACAAUAGAAAAAAAAUGAUAGUAUAAUUUUCAUGUGCUUAUCAAUUUUGUGAUUCACUUUAGCCGCACCCAAUUUACAAAUUAAAAAAAAAAGUAAAAUAUAUUAAACUUGUUAUCAAUAAUAGAAUAAAUUAAUAAUUAAUAUUUUUGACAAUAUAAAAUAUUAUUAUUAGUCAUGACAGAGGUACAUAAUUUUGGUCUUGAUGUCGUUACUUGUCAUGCAUGGAAUAAAGACAGAACAGAAGUUGCUGCAUGUCCAAAUAGCAAUGUUGUUCAUGUAUUUAAAAGAUCACAAUCAGGAUGGAAACAAACUGAAGAAUUAAAAGCACAUGAUAUGAAUGUUAUGUGUUUAGAUUGGGCACCAAAAACAAAUCGUAUUGUAACAUGUGGUGCUGAUAAAAAUGCAUAUGUUUGGAAUCAAGAUGACAGUGGUAAAUGGAUACCAGCAUGGGUUGUAUUACGUAUGAAUCGUGCUGCUGUUUGUGUUAAAUGGUCACCACUUGAAAAUAAAUUUGCUGUUGGUUCGGGUGAUAGAAUGGUAUCAGUUAGUUAUUUUGUAUCUGAAAAUAAUUGGUGGUUAUCAAAGCAUAUUAAACGACCAAUAAGAUCAACAGUAACAGCAAUUGAUUGGCAUCCAGAUAAUAAAGUACUUGUUGCUGGUUCAACUGAUUAUAAAGUACGUGUAUUUGGUGCAUAUGUUAAAGAUAUGGAGGAUGCACCUGGUUCAGGACCAUGGGGUCCAACAUCAACACUUGGUACAAUGUUGGCUGAAUUUCCAAAUUCACCAAAUGGAGGUGGAUGGGUUCAUGCUGUUGCAUUUAGUCCUUGUGGUAAUAAAAUUUGUUGGGUAUCACAUAAUUCUUCAAUAUGUGUUGCUGAUGCAACAAAAGGUAAUGCUGUUAUGAGAUUGUACACUGAGCAUUUACCAUUUUUAAGUUGUGUCUGGGUUGGACCAAAUUCAAUUAUUGCUGCUGGACACAGUUGUAUGCCAAUGCUUUAUACAAUUGAUGCUAAUGGACAAUUACAAUUUUCAUCGAAACUUGAUAAUUCACAAAAACGUCAAGCUGCUGGUAUAUCAGCUAUGAAAAAAUUUCAAUCACUUGAUCGUCAAGCUAGAACUGAAUCAAACGACAGUGCAUUGGAUAGUAUUCAUCAAAAUACAAUAACUUGUGUUAGACGUGUAUCUGACACUGAAUUUAGCACAAGUGGUCUUGAUGGACAACUUGUUGUUUGGGAUUUAAAGUCGUUGGAAAACACAAUGUCUGGUCUCAAGAUUUUUUAAAUAUUGCAUUUAUAUUGACCCUUCCCUCCAACAAAAUACAAAUUAAAAAAAAAAAAAUAGAUAAUGUAUAAAUGCUAAUUAAAAAUGCAAUAAAUGUUGAAAAUAAAAAUUACAAAAAAAGACAAAUUACUAUGAUUUUUUUUUAUAUAAUAAAUUCAUUCAAAAUUUGAUGAAUUAAUUUUUUUAUUUGAAGAAUAAUCUAUUGUUUAUUAAUA